CUCAGAGCAUCUCAGUACUCUCAUCAACAAGAUUGUUGAAUUCCUCUCAUUCUCAAUUAAUAACAUUUCAUAAAAUGAAUACGUUUAACUUGAGAAUUUCAGCUUUCCUAAAUUUUUUUCUCGUGCUAGCAGUAUUCCAGAUAAACUUUAGUUGCCAUGCUGUGAGUUCCGAUACAGAUUCAAUUGUCGAUGGCGAUGCAAUGGACGGAAGUAGUUUGACAGGAUUACAAAUGGGUGGCCCAGUCAAUAUUAAUCCACAUAGUCUGCACAAGAAAACGUUGAAGAUGGCAGAAGAUAUUAUGGGAUUUCUCGCAAAAUUAAGAAAUAGAAAGAAUUUGAAAAAUUACGAGCAAAGGCGUCCAGAACUAGGAGAGGAAUUAAGAGAAGAAGUAGAACCAAAAUCGAUAAUUACAGAUUUAGUUAACGUCAUGCGAACACGGCUCAAUAAAGUUAGCGAUGAAAACUCGCCAAUUCAACUUGCAGAUUAUGUAAUGGGUUUUCUCGGAGUUUUGAGAAAUAAUAUUUCGGGGAAUAGUCAAGAGCAAAAACGUCAAGAGUCACGAAGGGAACCGAGAAAUGAAAGAGAUGGAAAUUCGCAAAUGCAACUUAUAGAUGAUAUGAUGCGAAUGCUCCUAGAUUUCAAAAAUACAUUGAUUGCAAAUGAUCAACGACAAGUAGAUGGAAAAGAAGAAGCACCACCAGCAAAUUUAAUUGGUCAGGAUAUGCGUGCUCUGAAAAUAUUAGUGAACAACUUUAACGCAAGACUUAAUAGAAUUGGAGAAACCAACAGAAACCGUAGUAACAAUGGAAGAUAUUAUUUAUCAUUGCCAUAGCUACGAAUUCCAGAACAUGACUUAACUAAUCUGUUUAAUUAAGAACAUUUUUGUUAAUACUAUUCUGUUAAAUUUAUUUGGAACAAUAAAGUAUUUUCCAAAUCUAA